AUGAAUCACCGGGGCCCACCAGGGACGGUAUAUCUGGGAAAUGGAGACUCUGAUCCUGCCGGUUUUGAUCGCGACGUUGAUGGCCAUGUCAUUCUCCAUCCACGACCAUCGAAUGACCCCAAUGAACCCUUGAACUGGUCUACACGUCACAAAACCAUCAACUUUGCCACAGCCUGUCUCUUUACUCUGAUGGUAUUUGCUACACUCGACGUGGGAACCGUAACAUGGAACGCGCUGGAAGACGAACUCGGCUUCGACUCCGGAUUCCUCAACAAUAGCUACGCAGCCGGGCUAGCAGGAAUGACAGUUGGCUGUAUAUUCUUCAUCCCAGCUGCGUUGAUAUUCGGCCGCAAACCUGUUUUCUUUAUCGCAUCGUUGACGAUGGUGCUGGUUAACGUGGGACAGGCGCUGUUUCGGACAAAGACGCAGUAUAUUGUUCUGCAGGUGAUUGCGGGGUUGGCGGGGUCGAUUAACGAUACUAUUAUUCAGAUGACGAUAUCGGAUUUGUUCUUUGUGCAUCAGCGGGCUACCAUGAAUGGGAUUUAUUCGGUUAUGGUGGUUAUUGGGACAUACUUGAGUCUGAUUCCAGCUGGUUAUAUUGUCAUUUCCCAAGGAUGGCGCUGGGUCUGGUGGUGGUGUGCGAUUAUCAACGCAGCAGUCUUGAUGAUGAUCACCUUUGCCUAUGAAGAGACGCGAUACGACAAAGCAGAGAGUAACUGCUUCAUAGGAGAAGAACCACCAUCUGAUAUCCAAGAGAAAUCAGAUCUACCUCUCUCACCUAAAAAGUCCAAUCCAGAACCUCAUCCUUAUAUACCAGAGACAGCCCAUACCGAACAAACCAUGACUCGAAAAACAUACAUCCAGCGAAUGUCCCUGACAAAAGCAUCCUCAUUCAGCAUCAACACCUACAUGCAGCACGUGUGGCGCCCAUUCGUCCUUCUCUUUCGCAUCCCAGCCGUGGCCUUUGUGGCCAUCGAGUAUUCCUUCAUCAUGUGCUGGGUGGCAAUUCUCGCAACAACACAGCCUGUUCUCUUCGCACAACCACCAUAUUUAUUCUCAGCGAUCGGAGUUGGCAAUAUCAACGUUGCUCCGUUUAUCGGGGCACUCGUGGGCUCUAUAUACGGGGGCCCUGUGAAUGACUAUUAUGUUGUUUUUGUGGCGAGACGGAGAUCGGGGAUAUAUGAUCCUGAAACACGGCUUCAUAUGCUUGCCAUGUCGAUGAUAUUAACACCAUUGGGAUUGUGGUUAUACGGAAUUAGUAUUUCAAGGGAUCAACCCUGGAUAAUCCCCCUGAUAGGCUCAGCCCUUGUAGGAUUCGGCAUUGGCUCGACAACAUCUAUCACGCUGACCUACUUUGCGGAUUCUUACCGAGAGAUCGUAGCCGAAGGCCUCAUCGUGAUAACAUACGUCCGCAACGGCCUCGCCACAGCAACUACAUUUGCCAUAAACCCGUGGUUAAACGGAUUAGGAGUUCAGAAUAUGUUUAUCAGUGUGGGAUGUUUGUGUAUUGGGAUUCAGCUGUUGUUUAUUCCGAUGGUGGUUUGGGGAAGGAGGGCGAGGGGGUGGACGGAGGGGUAUUAUACUGGUCUUAUUGAUUAA